AUGGGAUUCGAACAAUUUGGAGUUGAUAGUGAUUUCUCUAUCAACAGUGCAUCAUCUGCACAAUUAUAUCCACAGCAGCAACAGCAGCAACAACAACAUGGAUCAAUUAUGGAUUCUCUACCAUAUUCAUUCGUUCAACAGCAGCAGCAACAGCAACAGCAGCAACAGCAGUCAGCACCAGCACCUCAAUUUGAGAAUGCAACAGAUCUCAAGAGAUGUCUAAGAUGCACAAAGAUAUACUAUCACAUGGAUUCAUUCAAUAAUCAAGCUUGCUCAUUCCAUAGAGACAAUUAUAUCAAGACUGAAGAGAGAUGGCUAUGCUGCAACAGAAUUGGAAGAGAGGCAUCACCAUGCUUCAGCACUUAUCAUCAGGAGGAUGAGAACACUACACAGAUCCUUCGUUCAAUGACUGUUGCCAAGCCAGAGGUGGUUCAGAACAGCCCACUGUUCCAGAAUCUAAACUUUGGCUACGUUGGCGCCGAGAAGAUCUUGUACGAGGGCGUCAUGAAGAAGCAGGGCAAGCGUCUGGGCUUCUGGGAGCGUCGUCGCUUCCGUCUCACAUUUGGCACACUGAUCAACUAUCACGACGAGUCGGACAAGGUCGUGCACCGUGUCUUCCAACUGGGCGACAUUGCCAUCUCGUUCAAGCGCAUGAACACUGACGAGGGCGAUCGCAUCUGUCUGAUCAUCAACGAUGGCCAGCGCAACCACAACCUGUACUCGCCCGUCGCCGACCAGACCGAGGCGUGGAUCGACUGUCUGCACACACAGAAGAAGUUCUUUCUGCAGUCCAAGUCCAACCAGAAACUGUUGCAGACCUCCGGCUCUGGAUUUCAGACACUAUCACUCUCUCCACCGAAUCCUCAUCAAUUCCUGUUGCACUACCCUUCUCUGAACCCCAAUGCCAACAUCAAUGCCAACAACAACAACAAUGCCAACAAUGCCAACUUUUACUCUGGAGAGUCUGUGGCGCAGCAGCCACCUCAUCAGCAGUCGGGUGUGGCGGCACAACAGCCAUUCCCAAUCAUCAACAACUACUUCCCACAGCCGCCUCAGAUCAUUGACGGCGUGAUCACCAGCACCAGUGGCGACAAUGUCCAAUGGAUUCAUCACAGCGUGCAGAGCAGCGACACGCUGGCUGGUCUGGCCAUCCGAUACAACACCACGAUCGAUGUGAUCAAGCGCACCAACUUGAUCAAGAACGACACGUGCAUCACUCAUCAGACACUGCUCAUCCCCGUGUCGGGCAACAUCAACCUGUCCACGCAGGCUCCCACCCCCAUGACGGAGGAGCAGCAGCGCAGGAAGAUGAUCCAGUUGCUAUCAGUGUCUGAGGGCAUCUCCAAGGAGGAGUCGCGAUCCUAUCUCUCCAACAACGACUGGGACAUCAAGCGCGCCAUCAAGGAGCUCAAGGAUGACCUGGACUGGGAGUCCCAGCAUCCAUUUGUACAAUAG